AUGGUUUAUUCAAAUCAGCAACAAAAUCGUUAUUCCAUUGAUAAUAUAAUCGGUCAAUUACCUCAAUCAUGUUAUUAUCAUCAAUGUUCAUGCCCAGCUACACAAGUUGAUCCAUUAUCCAACGUGCACUUCAUAUCGAAAGAAAAUCGUCGUCAUCAACGUAUUCCACCACCACUAUCAACGAAUACGAUUCCAAUCAAUUCGCCAGCUCGUAGCAAACGUGGUACUCUAUCAAUACGAUCCACAGCUUCAAAUACAACUACAAACCCCAUCAACAACCUUGAAAGUCCACCAAGUAAUCAAAAUUUAACAACAGCUGCUACUCGAUAUGCAACAACAAGAUUCCCAUUCCCACCAUACAUUAUACGGUUUAAAUCGAACCAGGUUACAUUGAACCAUUUCAAUGAAGAUAUUGUCCAUCAUUUUAAAAACAAUCAUCAGAUUAAUAUUGAAAUUCUCAACUGUCGUUCAUCAAAGGUAAAAUGUAAUAAUGAUGAGAUUGAUUUUCUUCUUUAUUUAAAGGGCAGUGUGUCUUUUGCUUCAUUAUAUGAUCAAACUAUUUGGCCAUUAAAACUUGCUGGUAAUGAUUAUACAUUUCCUUCUUGGCCAUCGAUACCCCCUCAACUUUCUCUUAUAUUAAAAAAUGUCAAUGUUCAAAUUGAUCUUGAAGAUUUCACAAAUGAAGUAAAAGCUCUUGUUCCUGAUGUAAAAAAUGUUAUUCGUAUGAAGAACAAAUUCGGAAAUAACAUACAUAUGAUUAAACUGGAACUUGUUUCACUAUUAGCUCGACAAGAUUUAAUUGAUGCAAAAAAAUUAAUUAUUAAUUAUAUAUCUUAUGAAGUUACGGAAUUUCUUGCACCAGUUACUGUACUUAUUUGUUCUAAGUAUAGUGGCAUUGGCCACUUUCGCAAGCAAUGCACAGAACAAAACGAGACGUGUAAAACAUGUGUUCAAACAUUUGCUGACCUGAAAAAUCAUCAUUGUACAAUGGAUCCAUUAUGCAAGCACUGCAACGGCAAUCAUUUAUCAAACCCCAUGAAGUGCCCAAUUAUCAAAACGUUUCGAGCUGAACUUACCAAAAAAAUACUCAACACAAACGUUCGUUCAUCUUCAACAGCUGAUAAUAAUAAUAAUAAUAAUAAUACGAACAAUAACAUCAACAACAAAUACAUUUACAAUCCGCAAAAUUUUCCACCAUUACCAACAACUCAAUCGACAUUAAAUAAUUCGGUGAUGCUGAAAUUGGACGAAUUAAUGACAAAGAUGUCUGAAGUAAAGGAACAUCUGUCGAAUCUCUCAUCAAAACAUGAAAAGUAUGAACAGUUCAUGAUAGAAAAAACACAAAAUGAUGAACGUGUAAAUCAACAAAUUGAAUUACUAUUAUUAAAUGAUCAAGAUUUAAAAAAAGAUUUACUUCAACUCAAAUUAUUGAUCGAAAGACGUGAUAAUUUAUUCAUGAAAUUAUUAUUUCCAAUGUUUGAAGAUUUAUUUUCUCAUAUUGCUGCACUCAAUCAGGACAAAAGAGGUAACACGCUAGAUGCGAACCUGAAAGUUAGACUAGAGCGUUAUCUUAUCCAAGUGAAAAAAACAAAAGAAGGCAAAUUAUGUAUGACCUAA